CACAUGUAGCACAACAUGGCCCCUGCCAGCCGGGCUGUUGUGGUAGCGCUCUCUUUGCUCUACCUGAGCCGGGAAAUUCUCUCCUCCGAGUAUUUCUCCACUCUCACCCUGUUCAACAAUGAGCUCCACAAGCAGGGAUGCAGCUCGCUGUCGGAGUGGGAAGAGUACGCGGCUGACUGCGAGUCCUCUAUUUUACAGUUGGAAGACCCAGACUGUGAGGAGGGAAGCAACCCACCCUGCGAGUCUGUCUUCUCGCUUAACGCAGAGAAGAUCCUGAACCAGGCCAAGUUGUUUAUAGAGCAGAAAAAAAUCCCCUUCCCUGUAGAAAACCACAACACAAACGAAGAACUUGCUAUAGGCUACGUUCUGAUAGGCAAUGGUCUGUAUGAUGAAGCCAUCAAACACUUCUCGCUCUUAUUACAGGGCGACCCAGAGCUGGUCAGUGCCAUCUAUGGGAGGGGGAUAGCUUACGGGAAGAAAAGCUUACAGGACAUAAAGAAUGCUGACCUGGCCUUGUUCGAGCUCAACAGAGUCAUCACCCUCGAGCCUAACUGGCCAGAGGUCUACGAGCAGCGAGCAGAGAUCCUGUCUCCUUUGGGUCGUAUCAGCGAGGCUCUGGGCGAUCUGACCAAAGCCAUCCAGCUGCAGCCCUCCGCCCGUCUCUAUCGACACAGAGGAACACUGCUCUUCAUUUCAGAGGACUAUGUGGCAGCUAUGGAAGACUUCCAGCAGUCUUUAGAGCUGAAGAAGAAUCAGCCCAUCGCCAUGCUGUAUAAAGGCCUCACCUUCUUCCACAGAGGCAUGCUCAAGGAAGCCAUCGAGACGUUCAAAGAGGCGCUGAAACUAAAGGCCGACUUCAUAGAUGCUUAUAAGAGCCUCGGACAGGCUUACAGAGAGCUGGGUGACUUUGAGUCGGCGAUGGAGAGCUUCCAGAAAGCCCUCAUGUUGAACCAGAACCACAUCCAGUCUCUGCAGCUGCGGGGCAUGAUGCUGUACCACCACGGCUCGCUGCAGGAGGCCAUCGGCAACUUUAAGAGGUGUCUUCAGCUGGAGCCGUACAACGAGGUGUGUCAGUACAUGAAGGGGUUAAGCCACGUGGCGAUGGGUCAGUUCUACGAGGGCAUCAAGGCUCAGACUAAAGUCAUGCUGAAUGACCCUCUGCUGGGACAGAAGGCCAGCUCUGAAUACCUCAAAGUGAAAUACCUCCGAGAGUACUCUCGCUACCUGCACUCCCACCUCGACAUCCCAGUAGCGGAGUACAACGUGGACCAGGACUUACCGGGAAACUUUAAGAACCACUGGGCCAAGAACCUGCCGUUUUUAAUAGAAGACUAUGAAGAACAGCCCGGCCUGCAGCCACACAUCAAAGACGUGCUGCCUCAGAACUUCGACAGCUACAGCAGUGAAGUUCAGAAGCUGAUCUGCACCGCCGACCACCUGGGGGCACUGAUGCAAUACGACACACCUGGUUUCCUUCCCAACAGGAGAAUACACAGAGCCAUGGGUUUAGCCACUCUGGAGGUGAUGCAGGCCAUGCAUCGGACUUGGAGCAACUCCAAAGUGAGAGUCAACGGCAAAACGAGGCAAAUGCAGUGGAGAGACAUGUUCGACAUAGCUGUGAAAUGGAGGAGGAUUGCAGAUCCAGACCAGCCCGUCCUGUGGUUAGACCAGAUGCCUGCCAGGAGUCUCAGUCGAGGAUUUAACAAUCACAUCAACCUCAUCAGGGGACAGAUUAUCAACAUCAGAUACCUAGCGUACUUUGACAACAUCCUCGACUUCAUCAAAGACAGAAUACUGGUGUAUCAUGGGGCGUACAACCCCAGAGGACUCUUAGAGGUGCGGCAGGCUCUUGAAAAUGUGAAUAAAGUAGAAGAUCUGCUUCCUAUAAUGAAGCAGUUCAAUAGUAAAACCAGAGAUGGCUUCACGGUCAACUCCAAGGUGCCGAGCAUGAAGGAUCUUGGGAAAGAGUUUGACGGUUUUACCAUCACCAUCACUGGAGACAGGGUGGGCAACAUGUUGUUUUCAGUCGAGACGCAGACGACAGAAGAGCGCACGCAGCAGUACCAGUCAGAGAUCGAGUCCAUCUACAAAGACCUCACCGCUAAAGGGAAGGCCUUAAUGCUGUCCACUGAGCUCGGGGAUGCAGAUGCCGUGUGCAACCUGAUCCUCUCCCUGGUUUAUUACUUCUGCAACCUCAUGCCCCUCUCCAGAGGAUCCAGUGUGGUGGCGUACUCCGUGGUGAUGGGGGCUCUGAUGGCCAGCGGGAAAGAGGUGAUCGGCAGGAUCCCGAAAGGAAAGCUGGUGGAUUUUGAAGCCAUGACCACACCCAGUCCAGACAGCUUCAGUAAAACAGCGAAGAACUGGAUGAACCUCAAAAGUUUACCGGGCUGGUACCAGAGUCUUCCGUCUGUAGCAGAGACGUUCCCGUCCAGCAGAACGAUGAUAGAGGUUCUCAACACGGACUCCUCCUCACACUGUCCCAAGAAGUCCUAACAAAACUUCCAACAGGAGUCUGAAUAACAGAGCUGCUGCACUGAGCAGAAUAAAGGGCCGCCUCCUUCUGCAUCCCAAACUCAACUCAACCCCAAAAGCACCCGAGCUCUAACGGUCGUUCCCUACAUUUUAAAUUCAUACUGUUAGUCGACACAUUUUGGAAGCAGGUCUAUUGGCCUUGGCUAGAAACUAAGGGAGUAAAAAAUGCAAUGAAUGUGUUUUUUAAAGACUUUUCCUCUGAGGAAACAUCCUCUUAUUUAGAUUCACGCUCUAAACUCGUGCAUAGUUGAGCAUUCAUCCAGCACGUACACACUCGAUGUUGUCACAAAAUCCGAACAUAAUUUGGCUCGCAGGACUAGUUAAAUAAACACUGACUCUACUUUAGCAAACAACAAACACAGCAACCUUUGUUCCGUUACUUGUGUCAACGUGAUAUCCGAUACACUUUCUCCCUCUUAGCUGCAGUGCUAUUCAUCAUUCUGCAUUGGUAAGAGUUGCAGAGUUUUAGAGACUGUUCACCAUAGAGAUGCCUGCCUUCUUUUUAAUGUAAAACUUCAACAUGGCACUUUGUUCGUUGAGCUCAAUGUGUCCAAAGAUGUUGAAGAAACUCAAGAGGAAUGACCUUCCAGUGACCUUGUUGUCAGCCGUUUCAUGGAGGAACGGUUUUCUUUCUACCGGACUAUGACCCGCUGAGGUUUCUCUCAUGUUUGUCACUUUGAGUGCCAUUUAGGUCCAAUAUGUUCUAGACAAGGCAGACGUCUCUAUGAUUAGUAUCUCUAACAUUUGGGGAAGCACCCAUAAUACAAUCGAGAUUGCGUAACAGGUAAGAGUAGAAAUAUUUGUUUUGGCAUUUUUGGUUGAGCUGUAUGUCAUGUUUACUCAGUUUAAUUUUGCUUCAGACUUUAGUUCAGGUACAAAAACACAAUGAAAUCUUCAGUCCCAAUAUUUACACACUCCAGCUGUUUUGGGGAAGGUGUCACAGUUUGGGAUGCAGAACGGAUUCUGUCCCCCCCGCACUGUUGCUCUGCUUUAUAGGCCUUCGCACUGACACACACAAAACACACAGUCCUCCAUAACAGCACUGGAUUGGAUUUAAACCUAAGACUCAUUUUUAAUUUGGCCCCUAAAAGUGAUUUUCUUAUAAACAUUUAAGUUUGUUUGGCCUUUUAAAACCCAUGUUCUUAACCACUACUACACACACACACACACACACACACACACACAGUCCAGCCUAUCAGCAGAGAAAGAGUUUUGGGAUCUACGGGAAAGAAAUGAUGAAACAAAAACCUUCAGGGCUAUUGAAUUCCACUCUGGAUACUUGAAGCAGUCUCUCUUUUUUAUUUUGGGUUUUCGUGACAGGAAGUGUCGCAUAUGUCUUAUCGGGGUAUUGAACCCCGCUUUCCUUUAGCAAGAACAAUAAAAGGGGUUAGUGUUAAGAGGGGUUGGCUGCUGAACGACUAUGAGAGCAACAGUCAGAGGAUUUCAGAUCAUUUUCAGGGAAUGAUUUCUUUCAAAAAGCAAAAGAAAUGCUGUUUCUCUGAGUUUUAUGUCAUUUUAAAUUGAAUUAUUUGAGUUUAUGGAAAAAGACACUUGAAUAACGACUAUGGGAAAUUGUUCUUUGUAUUUUAAAUAUUUUGUGAAAUGUUCUUCAAUACUUUCCUUUACAUUUACAAUUUGACACAGCAGAGAAAUGGAAGAAAACACCAUUUAAUGAAUGUCAAAAUAAAUAAUUCUUAACUUAUUUUAAUAUUCAACAGAGGCUUGUUGUGUUCACAUCCAUUGAUGUAAUUUUACAAAUAUAUAACACUGAUAAUACAAAAGAUUUUUGAGAUUGGAACAAAAAAAAAAUACGAAAACCACAAAAUAAAAGAGAAAGGAUUUUCAAAAUAAAAGAAAUACCUUUUAAAAUUCAACAAAAUUUGACUUGGAUUAAAUAAUUAUGUUAUUAAAUAUAAAUGUAUGAAUCUAAAAAGACAAAAACACAAACCUAUAAUAAGCAGCAAAAGCAGCCAUUAUUUGGGGGGAUAUUUAAUGGAAUAAUUAAUAAUAAUCGAUUAGUUUUAUGUCUUUUUAGCUUUAGGUUAUUUUAUAGUAGUCUCAUUUGAAAAGCAGUAUAUCUCCAUUUUAAAAGUAAAAUAUGUAAACAAAUCAAAAUAUGAGCAACUUGGAAAGUGUCCUGAAUAUUCUCUGACUCCUCUGAAUGUUGGGCCUCGUAGAGGAUUAAUUAAAGAUGGCGGUAAAAGCACAUCACACACUGUCAUCGUCUUUGCUAUUAUUCCUUUAGCUUGAAUUGGAUGCCAUCUGUGUCUCUCGCAUCUCCGGAUUUCCUUUGGACCUCCACGGAUGAAAUGUGCUGUGACAAGCUGUCCUUUAAGAGGAUCACUUUGGGGAAAAAGAGCUUAAAAAAAACCCUCCAAAAGAGGGGGAAAUCUGGCCAGAAUAAAGUGGAUUAACAGGUCUGGGAAAUCUUCAAAAACACAUUUAAUUGGUUGAUAAAUACCAAAUAUUUACCGCUGUUUGGGAUUCUCUUUAGUGAGACUUUAUGAGAUUAAUUCUGGCUUUACAAAUUAGAAACCUGAUGCUGUUUUUUUUGGGGGGGGGUUUAUUUGAGAUAAAAUGAGGAAAUAAGUGUAUUACUAUGAAUGGGAUCUGAUGUUUACAACCUUAUGAAACAAACAUACUUGAGUGAUAUUGAGGCUACACGAUCAAUGUCAGUUUAAGCACAAGGAGGAAAAGAGCUCAGCAGGAAGUUCACCCAAAGUAUUCCGUUUUUGGAACAAAUCUCAACACAUUUUCCAUCUCUUUUUUCACAGCUUUGUUGAUUUAAAGGCCUUUACUGCUAGUUUUUCUACUGAAAGUCAUCUCAACGCAGCAGGACUUCUUAACUGAACGGCAGCUUUCCUCAAAUUUAGCAUUUUAUUAGAUCCACAAAGAACAAACUCAUGUUUGAUGGCAUAUCUAAUUUAUUUCCAGCUCACAGUCUGCUUCCUUUUUUAUAUCAAUGAUUGUGCUGACUGCUCGUCUUCUUUAUCUUUGCACUGCGACCCGGUCACUCAGUGCUAUGGUGCGCUCUUAAAACUUGAAGGAGGGAUUUUAUAUUGGAUUUCCUUGAGUGGGUGAAUGAAUGUUCAGCAGUCAAUAAAACUGAUUGAUAAUGUGAA